UUACUGCAAAGCCUUCAGGCAAAAGAAGACAAGUGUUAGAACAACAUAUUAAUUUACCCAGAACAACAAGGUCAUGGAGAUUCAUCAGUCUGCUGUCAUUCUGCUGCUGCUCUUGGCUGCUUCUUUCACUGCUAAUGGUCAACCAGAUGAUAUAAAGCCCCGUUAUCAAAAAUUCCUCAAUCAGCAUUUGGGUCCUCAUGUGAGUGAGCAUGCUUGUGACAAAGAAAUCAGAAAGAGAGAUACACUGCCUCUGGAACGGCAAAUGGCUGCAAAAAAAGUCAACACUUUCAUACAAGCAAAUAAGAAUUAUAUUAAAGUAGUUUGUGGAAGAAAUGGAGGAACUCCACAGGGCAAUAAUCAGUUUAAGAGCAACAAGCCUUUUCCUGUGGUCACCUGUAAAUUAAAAAGUGGGCAGAGACACCCAAAUUGCCAAUAUAGAGGGAAGAAGUCUACUCGUUACAUUGUUUUGGGGUGUGAUCAAGAAUGGCCUGUACAUUAUGAGGAAGGCAUAAUUAAUGUAUAGAUGACAGGCUAAAUAGAGCCUCACAAAGCUUUACAAUAUUUUGCUAAUCAUUUGCUCACC